AUGGCCUCCCAGAACGAUAAGAUAAACAAGGACCCCGAGGGCGUCCGACGCAUUCUCUGGCCAGCGGUCCACCCCAUGGCCAAACUUAGCGAGGAAAACCGCCAGCAUGAGGAGCCUGCCGAUGGCUUCCAGCAGCAGCAGACCGGCGCUUCAGCCUCCGUUGGAGACGGGCGCCAUGAUGUCUUCCUCUCCGGCCUCAAGGAGACCAACAGAGAGAUGAAGCCCGUCAAUAGCUUCCAGAGACAGGGCCCUGUUGGCUCGGGCCUUACUGACGAGGAGCGCUGCGACGCUUUUCUCUCUGAUCUCUACGAGGGACCUUACGCCAACAUGGUCCAGCCCAUCGAUGAUCUUUACGAGAGUCCCUAUGGCCACAUGAGCCGGCCCGUCCCCGCUCAAUUCCACGAGGGCUCUUACGCCAUGGACCGACCCAUUCUCAUGCCCGUCUCCCGCUUAGGUCGCGCCGCAUUUCCUGGCGCCAAAGCUCGCAUUAUUGCUGGCUCAUUGGAAAAUCGGUAUCCGUCUGGUGGCUUCCGCGACAGCUCGGCUGUCGUCCUCGGCGAGCCCGCAACUCCCGGAGAUAACGCUGGCGUGUCGACCCCUAUUCACAUCCGCGCCCUUCCUGCUGGUGAAGCCCCCAGAUACGACAAGGCUAUCCGUCUUGAGAAGGACGAGAACAACGGCAUGGACAUCGACCCGAAGGAGACCGGUUCAACCACUGGCAAUGUCCUCCACUUCGAUUCGAGUCCCAAGAACCUCUUGACUCCCGGCAUGCAGAGCACGACUGUCAUCGGUGACCAGACCAACUCGGCCAUGGACACGGACGAGAACGAGACUGAUCGUGCCUUCUCCACCCCGUCCCCUUCCCCUCCUGGUUUACACUGGAACGAAGGUCCGUUCGGCGCUACUCCUGAUCGCCCUCGCACCGUCAAAACGGCACCGGCUACUAUGCUUGCCUACGAUGACAUGGAAAUAUCGCCUACAGUCCGCCGCCAGAUGGAGCGCCUCCGCAUCACAUCGGGCACCGCCUCCCACCCUGGCCGCGUUACUGAUCCCGAUAUGUUCGGCCGUCCUUCCAGCCACCCCCAGGGCCCUCGCCCGUAUCUCCCCGGCAUGCGAGUUCCGCAGACUCCGACCAAGGGCAAGAGAGGCCGGUGUGAGUUUGAGAACACAAACACUCUUUCUGGUCAAGACGUGGCACGCGAGCGUGAGAUUCUGGCCCGCUACAUCGCCGCCGCCAAGGACGAAGGCAAGAACAUGAUGGACGACGACGAGGAUAGCGAGAUGGACGGCGAUCAUGACGAGGAGGAUGACGAGGACACACCCAAGGCGUCGGUCCUCAACUGUCGCAUGGCCAUUGACGAGGAGUAA